AUCACGUUCGAAAUUUGAUUAACAUAAAUAAAACAAUAUAUUUAAAACUGAGACUAUUAUCUAUGCGAAUACUUUUAUUUAUUUUUGAAUUUGGAACUGUGUUUCUGAAGUUUGUUUAAUCUGUGCUGUGUUCUAUUUUUUCGGAUUACCGAUUUUUAGAUUAAAAAUAUAAUGGGCUAGCGGUUCACCAUGAACGAAAGCAGAGAGAGAAUACGUCGGGAGCGCGAGAGAGAGAAGAAUACAUAUACCUCUCCUCGUCUCGCGUUACGCCGCGUGCUCCUGUUGGCCGAGGGCCGUCAGUUUCGGGAAGCAGCGGCCAUUUUGUCCCGGCUCGGCCCGGGCGUGCUGCAGAGCGUUGCGUCGGAGCUGCCCAUCGAUUUGCUCAUCGAGUCGUUGCCACAUUCAGCUCAUUUGAUUGAAACUCUUCUGAACAGACUGAUUUCCUUAGAGAUCAUCCCACGACCAGAACUACAAUGUGAGGCUGUUGCGUGGAGACUUGUGGGGCUUUUGGGAAGCGAGCAGGGUUCUGGUCUUCGUGGUAGAACCUGCAGACUGGCUUCAGCACUGGUGCAAUACUCCCCAGAUGCCAGAGAGUCAGUCGACAGUCGGCGACGGCAGUUAGAUGCUGCAGUACAAGGACUGGGAACACAUGGCCUCACAGCCGAUUCUUCUGGAACCCUCAUAUCUUUGCAUGUGGCUAUGAAGAAUGAGCUGCAGAGGCACGUGGAGGUCUACAAACAGGCUUUACAUAAGCUGGAGGAGCUGUCCUCAGUGACAGUAAACCAGGACCCAGCAUCAUCAUCCCACCAGCGGUUACUCGCACUUUCCCACGCUGAUGUCGAACGCCGGCUCAUCGAUAACAAAUCCCUCCUCACUAUUGUCGAUAAACCUGCUUUACGACAACUCCCGACAUUGGUCUCUUCCCUUUCUGCGAGGGUGGAAAGUGAUAAGGCGGUGCUCGCCUGCGUUGGGCAGAUUAAGAGAAGCGAUCCGACCCUGGACUUGAGUGAUACCAGACCAGUAGCUGGUGUGUUGAUGAACUAUUCUCGUGGUUGUGCGGCUGUCUUAUCACAAAUGACAGAGACGCAAGCACCGGUCGAGACCCCGCGAUCACCAACUGACUCCGCCAGUGAUGGUUAUCAUUCUGAUAGCGAUGAUACUCCACAGCAUCCUGAAAGAAGUAAGCUGAUUUCCCAAUAUGCGGCAGUCUGGUCGAUAGCGAUGGAAGAAACUCUACCAGCUCUUAGUCAACUUGACGAUUUAAAACAGACUCCACAGCUCAAGUACAAGAUUGUCUUUUCUGUGGUUGUUUUAUCUUUCCGCGCGGCCAUUAGUCUCCGUGAUAGGAGAGUGAGUGAGGUGAAAUCUCUACUUGGUUGUGAGAACGAGAAUGACAGCUCCCCCGCUAUCUCCAGCUUUGUUUCCUCUGCUAUGAGGUUAAUGAGGAGUACUGCUCACAACUUUCCCCUGGGAGAUGCUGAGAGGACUGUUAUAAAUCAGGUGGUGAAGACAUUAAGCGAAUACCGUAGCCUGUCAUCUUGUGGUGCACUGCAUGCUUUAGUGGCUGCAUCUUGCCGAGCAGCGUGGGCACUUUCAUUACACUCUCCACCGCUUCGUAUAGACACAGAUUUCACUCCAGUCGUAAUGAACCCUGAGAAACAUAUUCGGUACAGUGCGGCAGGUGAUCGUCGCUCGGACCUUAUCAAAUCUUUCGUGUGGCCGGCUUUGAUGGAUCGUAAUCGUUGCGUCUUCAGGGCUAUUGUUCUAACAUAGCCAAGAGCUAUAAAGGAUUUCACUGUAUUAUUUUGACAUUGUGGACAAUAUUCAUUCGAUUUAUGUUUUCAAACAGAACGAUGCUGUCUAAGCUCUGCAUUUUUCUUUACUAUGAUUAUUCAAGUCGUUAUAUAUACUACUAGGUUUUAAAGGACCUAAAUCUAAGUUUAACAUGUAAGUUUAUAUUUAUUCUAACUAAUAACUUAGUCAUAAACUGUAUAUGUUUAAUUAAAUUAUUAAAAAGUU